AUGGGGUUCCUACUUCUUUAUUCGAUUAUGUGUUGGCUACUAAUUGGAGGGGUCACCUCCAUCUACGACGACAACUUUGCGUUUACUUUUAAGGAGGUGAAUAGGGUACACACGAUCAAAAGUGAUGUUCUCAAAUUUGAAAUAGAAUUAGUUCUGUCCUUCAACACAAAAAAGACUGCAAAAGAAUUUUUCCUAACAGCUUUGAUCCCUGCUAAAAACCUGCGGGUGUUGGCCUUCCAAAGAGAAGACGACAAGAUUGUGCAGGAAAAUGUACAGAUCCGCCUGAACAAGGAGUCUACGGAAGAAAAAGAUCCAUGUGAUUAUCUAAUCACGUCAAAGAUGUACCUUCUGAAGCUCUCCACGGAGGAGCUUAAAAAAUUCAAAAUUCAUCGCUACCCCUUUGCGAACAAAGAGAACCCACCACCUGUCCCCCCGUCAUAUGAAUACUCAGAACAGUCGCUAAAAAACUUCUUCCCCAAGGAAGGAAUCAUCUAUCCCUCAAACUACUUUUUAAAAAUCUCUGUGGAGGUUGCCAAAGGGGGGUUCAGCUCGGAUGGUAUUUGGAUUUUUGGCCUAGCGGAAAAGAACAAAUCUAACACAGAGAACCAAGAGUGCACAAUUUAUUCGAAUCAGUUGGCCGAGGUGUUUCUGCCGAUGGUCACACACAAGGAUCUCUUCCUCCUGUACUGUAACAGUGUCACCAACGCGGAGCUACUCAACUUAGCUCCCGAUUUGAGAAGAAGUUUCGACGUUAAAAUAUUUGCCACGAAAACAUUUUAUGGGGCCCAGGGAGUGAAGUACACUAUUCAAAUGAGCUUAGGCCAAAUUACGCCUGCGUUCAAGCUGGACCAAGUGGUGAUCCACCUGAAGAUGCCCCAAGAUCUGUGCUACGCCAACUCCUGCUUCAGUGCAAAUGAGGAAGACCCUUGCCGAAACGUAAAGGCCGGUCCCUUCGAGCAGUGCACAUACACUUUUCGGAACUACGAGUUUGUGUUGAAGUCUAGCUCGGGCGAGGACGUGCAGGAACAAGUGGAAGUGCUGUUGGAAAAUAUUAACCACCCCCUCAUCAACCUGGAGAGCGACAAAAACUGGACCAUAAAUCUCUUCACCAUAGACAACUCCAAUUUUGUUAUCAGACACGAACACAAAGGAAUCCUGGAGAAGGUCUCCAAUGACCUAUGCUCUAAGAAGUUCAUCAGGAAUUUUGUGAAUGUUCAUGCAGACACAAUCACAUGGAUGAACUCCCACCUGGCUGUAGUGCCCACGCCUAAGAUGACGCCUCUCAUAGUGCAGCCAACAGAUCAACACGGCCUCAUGGAGAACCCCCUACAAGUUCAGCUCAAGUUGCUCUUCCCAGAGACGCACCUCUUCAGCAAGUGCACGGUGGAGCUCCAGACUAUCCACAAUUUCGUGUCAGUCACAAGCAGAAGCGAACAGCGUCUAAACCACCACAACUUCAAAUUGAUGUUACCGAACUCAGCGUUCAAGCCAGUACAGGAUGAUCAGCACCGUUUGCAUGUCCAAAAGAAAUCCAUCCGGAACAACGACUUAAUAAAGUUCGCCCUGAACGUUACGAAGUACAACAGUAGAGACUACUGGAAAAUCACCAUUAGUUGCCUGAAUAGUGAGAACAAAUACGUACGGGAGGCACAAGCCCUGUUUACGUACCCGAUAGAAAAUAAUAAGAUAUUCCUAAGUGACCUUUACUAUGGAGAGAAGCUUGCCAAUAACACCCACCUGUUCUACAUGAAUGUAUUUUUGUUGGAUGAGAAGGAAGUAGAAAUUAAAUUGUCGCUCCAGAAUGGUUCCACCGCUCUGGUGGAAUCCCCCCCUAGUGCAAUGGAGAUAAAAGAAAAAACACACCUAACUGAUACCUGUGACGCCUAUGUUCACACGUCCUGCUACGAUUUAGUGUACCAUGAAUGCUCGAAGGAGAAGCAAGCAAUAUUGUACAAGAUUAAUUCAUACAGAUCAACGAACAAGCACUUCACUGUGUUAUUCCCACUUAUUAUUCCGGAAGGCGAGAAACUGUUCAACUUACAAAUGAGUGUUGAGACGAAGAAACAUGCGAAACGUGUGCAGAGAAAUCUGCACGUAGACAUAGAGCAUAUAGUAACUCAUAACGCCAAAGUGCCUUGUGUAAAUAACCUUAUCAUUGCAUUGCGAAAAUAUCAACUGUAUGAGUCACAUUUAUUUCUUCUUUUCAGAGCAGUGAAUUGCUACCGAGUGUAUGAGCCCUUCCUGAUUAAUCAUCAUAACAGUGAAGGCUUCCAUGCAAAGACGGAUUCAUCACAGUAUGGAGACAAAUUCACCUUCCAGAAAACGUACAGACAGACAUUCCCCGUGAACUAUGAAUCAGUAUCGCAGUUCAUCUUCGAUCAUCAUCUAAUUAGCGUCAUCACCAUUAUCUUAAUUGAUGAUGCGUUUUUUUUAAAUUCACGCAUGUCAAUCGGAAAAAAAGAAAUUGUUCUAUUUUUUGAAAAAAAAAUCCUCCCCCUACCGUAUAAUAAAUAUUACCUAGUUAAUUACUCCAACCAAAAUGUACUCAUCAGUAUGUACACAUAUGUCGAUGCUGAAAAAGUUAAAAUUGAUAUUGUCCAGAAAUCUUCAGACGUUCAACACGUUGUGGCAGCUUUGGAUAAAGUCAUUUCCUUUGCUGAAUAUAUAAAGGCAAAGGAGAGGAACUACAUGCACAGCGAAUACAGCGUUUUAUUGUUAACCGACACGGAAGGAAUGGACACCGUGAGAGCGGCUACAACUCCAUAUGUCAAAAACGAAAAUGAUGUUGAGAAAAAUUUUUCGAGGAUUUAUGUCCUAUCCUUUGAAAAGGGGCAGGACUUUUCCAAUAAUGGUAUGUUUAAUGAGUCCAUUCAAAAUGUGAAAAAUAUGUACACAUACAACAGAAAAAAAACGGAUCAACUUUUCUUCACUUCGUUUCACAAUUACACGGUUGAUGAAGAACUAAUGAUACACUACGCCAAGGCUACGAUCCAAGAUUAUCUCCUACUGCACACGCAGAUUUAUAAAACGGCGUGGUACUUAAUAGGCAUAUGCAGAUAUAACGUCGUGAAGAACAGCCCCACAAAUCGAAAACUGCAUUUGUUCUACGUUGACAGAAACGUUAAAACUGUCACGUAUUCCAUCUCGGCCGAAGAGGCCAAAGGCGUGCUCGACAACUCCUCUGCCGAUUCCUACCAGGACAUGUGCAAUAUUUUUACACAACUGCAGUUACUGGGGCAUAGGUAG